AUGUCGGGUAUCGCAAGUGCUCGUCUUGCCGAAGAAAGGAAAGCUUGGCGCAAGGACCAUCCCUUUGGGUUUGUUGCAAGACCUAUGAAAAAUCCUGAUGGCUCCUUGAAUUUGAUGACUUGGGAAUGUGCGAUACCCGGAAAGAAAGGGACACCGUGGGAGGGUGGGUUAUACAAACUACGCAUGAUCUUUAAGGAUGACUACCCAUCAAGUCCUCCGAAAUGUAAAUUUGAGCCACCCUUAUUCCAUCCCAAUGUCUAUCCAUCUGGCACAGUUUGCUUAUCUUUGUUGGAUGAAGAGAAAGACUGGCGUCCUGCAAUUACUAUUAAACAAAUUCUCCUUGGUAUCCAAGAUCUGCUCAAUGAACCAAAUGUUAAAGAUCCUGCACAAGCUGAGGCAUACACAAUCUAUUGCCAAAAUCGUCUGGAAUAUGACAAGAGGGUACGGGCACAGGCCAGAGCUAUGGCUGCUACAGAAUAA